AUGUGGUCAACGAAGCAGCGAGUCUCUGGAAUAUCUGCGUAUACACCGACGUUGAGAAUGCAGGAUCAUACAAAACAGCUUGUUCGAGCCCGACGGAAGUCAAUUAUGACAACCAAGAAGUCAGUCAACGCCCGGCGCGUCAAUGAAAUGGGUGGCAAAUGCGAAUUUUCAAAAUUUACCACCUGCUUCAUUGAGGUGUUCUUCCCGCGAUAA